UUUAUACUCCUCUCCUGCAUCCCGCCUAUUGUUUAUUCACUUUGUGCAUUCAUGUACUACCAUGUCUCAUACAAAGUAGCCCUCCUUUCUCUUUAAUUUUUCUCAUGUCCGAAAUGCAGUUUGGACUUUGCCUUCCCCUGGGAAGCAAAACUGUAGUUUCUUCUUUGUGCGUAUCUUUAUUGAGCCACCACUGAUUGUUAUCUGUAUUCAGUUAGUGUCCGGACGCGUCACUCUGCUUUCUCACAGCAUGCAUCUUCCUUGCAUCACACAACAGUAUAGUCCACUCUUUGAAUAAGACAUAACUUACUCCUCCUUGUCUGUGAGAAGACAAAGCUGUUUGAGGUCAGCUCAGAGUUGUGUACAGUUUGAAUAUUAACAUGUGGCUCAGCCAUGACUGUGCUGUACCAGUGAAAAAAGGCUGGGAGGAACAAGGACGGUCUCUGUUGAGGGAGGAGCUGCUGUGGAAACUGCCCUGUCAUUGGUUGGUGAUGUGAUCUGCCUGCCUGCAAAAGAUUGCUGGAUUGGCUGCUGCUUUGCAUUGAGCGCAGCAGCUGCAGUUGUGAAGAAUUACCCCUUCUCUUUCUGCCCUGUCUCUCUCUUUCCUGCUUCCUCCCUUCACAUUUAUAACUGUCUGGGAAUCAUCGGUGUCGACCACACGUGCCAGCCUGUGCCACUUCAAGGACACUGCUUUUCACAGUAUAUUGCAAGAUUCAUGUCAAGCUGGUCAAUUACUUUCUGCUCCGUGGAGCUCAGGGGAGUUGAAGUGACGUCUCUGUCCUGCUUUCAGUCUCCCUCCAUCCCCUCUCUCCCUCUCUCUCUCUCGUAUCACUUAAUCAAGACAUAGCUUGCCCUUUGCUGUUCAUUGCUGCCUCCCUCCUUCCCGUAUGCUCUGCUCCCCUAUUUGUUUGUCUUUAUUCUCUUUGGCUCUUUCCCUUCCACCCUCCUGCCUCGUGGUCCUCGUCACCCUUCGCUGAGACAAGCUCUACACAAGUCCACAGCAAGACAACAAGCAAGGACAUGCAGAAGACAGGUCAGUGAGGAGGAUGACAACAGAAGAAUAAGAGACAGCGAAGGAGGGAUGAGAAAGAGACUGAACUAAAAGGAGGAAGUGGAACUCUGAAGUGCCUACUGCGAGGGGUUGUGUGCUGCUGUCUGACUUUGCUGGAUGAGAGCAGGACGGGACUCAGUGUGUUUGGCCUUGAAUGGAGGCUAUAUUUUAUCCUGACAGCCACAGAGUUAUCCAUCCAAUGUUGCUGAGCUGCAGUCCCCAUAUACCCUGAGCUGAGCUGCCACCUCAUCUCAUCAGUGCAAGGAAACCAUCCCUAUAAGACAGUUUUCCGUCCAUCUGCCCCCACCACUGUUCAGUGUUUGUGAGCGUCUCUGAUGGCUGUCAGCAUGACCAUGGGACGGGACACCAAAUGGCUGACUCUGGAAGUGUGUCGUGAGUUUCAGAGAGGUACCUGCUCAAGGUCUGAUGCCGAGUGCAAGUUUGCCCACCCCUCCCGGAGCUGCCAUGUGGAGAAUGGUCGAGUCAUCGCCUGCUUUGACUCACUGAAGGGACGCUGCACACGUGAGAACUGUAAAUACCUGCACCCACCUCCACACCUGAAAACCCAGCUGGAGAUUAACGGGAGGAACAACCUGAUCCAGCAGAAGGCCGCGGCAGCCAUGUUGGCUCAACAGAUGCAGUUCAUGCUGCCUGGAACACAGCUGCAGCCCAUAACAACAUUCCCGGUGACGCCCUCCCUGGCAACGAGUCCCAGUAUGGCAUUCAGUCCAUACCUGAGCCACAUGGGCCCAGGCAUGGGCUUGAUGCCUGAGCUGCUGCCCAGUACUCCCCUGCUGGUCCCUGGGAGUCCCACCGGCCUGGCCGCCAUGGGCAAUGGCACCUCUGCACAAAAACAUGUGCGCACAGACAAGCUGGAGGUUUGUCGAGAAUUCCAGCGCGGUAAUUGCACACGGGGUGAGAGCGACUGCCGCUACGCUCACCCCCUGGAGGCUGGCAUGGUGGACUGCAGCGAGAAUUCGGUCAUUGUCUGCAUGGACUACAUCAAGGGCCGCUGCAGCCGAGACAAGUGCAAGUACUUCCAUCCCCCUGCUCACCUGCAGGCCAGGAUCAAGGCUGCACAGCACCAAGCCACUCAAAACACAAUCACCAACACAGGCUUGGCUCUGCCGCCAGGGGUCGUGCAGCCACUACCAAAGAGGCCGAUCUUAGAGAAGAGCAACGGAGCUGCUGCCGCUGUCUUCAACCCCAGCAUGUUCCACUACCACCAAGCCCUGACUAAUAUGCAGCUCCAGCAACCAGCAUUUAUCCCCACUGUUCCCAUGAUGCACGGUGCCACCACCUCCACUGUUUCGUCGGCCUCGACCCCAGUCACCAAUGUUCCUUUCGCUGAAUCUGCUGCCUCGAAUCAGUAGAUCCCUCUGAGCUUCUGACUUCUGAUCCAGUGGAGCUCCAGUGCGUUCCCAUGGAAACCCAUUUCUGUCCCGUCCCCAAACUGCUGGUGGCGGCUCCAGUGGCGCUAAACUCAGUAAGCCUUUCCCGUAACCCUAGUUAAAGCCUCCGAAACGUGCGAAGUACCAGGGUGGUCAUCUUUCUGAAAGCAGAAAACAUGUGCCUCACCUACAGUGCACACUGACUGAGUGGCAAUGUGAUACUUCUUAUAAGAUAUUAUGAAAGUAGGAUAGCUGCGACGGUUCACGCAAUACAAACCUGGAUGUAUUACUGUUGCUUUAAAGCAGCCAUCCUGAUGCAUACUGACUUGAUCAGGCUGAGCAAUAGAGCUCCCUUGUUCUUACAGCCAUACAUGCCCACACCUUAAAAGUGCAGCAGACAUAUGCACACAACCACACACACAAAUACACACAUUAGAAUUUAAGACUAAAAGCCCUUUAUGGGGUGGAGCCAUCACAUGCGGGGACCCCACACAUUUGACUGUUCCAAAGGCAGAAACUCUGAAAAGUUAACUCCAGAAAUUCAGACCAUUCACGUGGCACCUGUGGACCUGCCGCUGGUCUACAACCAUUACGUGUUGUCAAAGUGAAAGAGUGUUUCAUAUCAUGUCAUGUUUACGUUUGAAGAUGGCUACAAAUGUAACGUUCGUGUUGUACCAUGUAUACCAUUCAGUUUGUUCUCAUGGUCUCAUCUUGUCUGAUGAAACGUCAGUGAGUUGUUGUUAAUUUGUUUGUGCCUUUGAUUUAUCAGCUCAGCUGCAGAGGAGACUUAGUUUCCCAAAAUUAUUCAAAACACUUAACAGCAUUCAUUGAAAAAUGUUGUUAUUUGCAAUUAAAGGCAAUAUCUUUUGUUACAAAAAUACUGUGCAUUAGCCUAUAGUUCAUAUUGUAAGAAAAUCUAGUAAUCACAGUGAUCACUCAUAUGAUUUGAAUCCAUUUUUGUCCCCUGGUUUCAUAGUAAGUAUCUUGUACUUGAUUGAUAAUAGCAGCAAAUAAAACAUUACUUUUCUGAUUACUUACUUUUGAUGCAAAAAAAUUCAAAUUGACAGAGUCACAUAUAAUUAGGAUAAAAUCACUUCUGUAAUAAUGAGGCUGAGUUGAGACAUUUUUCAGAAUGUGGCUCUUAAUUUCUGGAUUUAAGAUACAAACUGCCUUAAAGCAGGCAAGUUCUCUAUGUGAAAGCCUGUCUCUGUAUAACUUUACCAUUAACAGACCAGACAGCUCAAAUUAUUAAAACUGUUGAAUUUCAGUGAUGAAGUAUCUUGACUCGUGAUGUCUGAUCAGUGAUUUUUUUUAAUUGUCUAAUGACUGAAAAGGAAGGUUUGUUUGUCCAGUUUCACCCUGAAAAACAUGGUGUAUAAAAAAAAGGACACUCUACAGACGUAGUCGUGUUCGCUUCUUAUUACAAAAUUUGAUUUCCUGUGUCCAACUUCCCUGAAAACAAGAAAAAAUUAUGUUUGUGAUGUUCAGAUCUAAGAUUACAGACUUUUAUAAUUGGCACUUAAUCUCUUAAACGUUUACACCUGAUGUCAGAGAUGGAAGCUGGAUUUGUUUCCUGAUGUUGUGCCUAAAGUCUGUGUGUGCCAAGUGGUGGUACUGUAUAUGCAAGGAGCUGCCCCAUUCAAUGCAAUACCGGAAUAACUCCUCCUAAUAAAUGUCUCCCUCUUAAAUGCAGAUAUGUAUUUUAAAAAGGCAGUUUGUUCGUUUGUAAUUGUCUCCUCUCAAGUGGCUUUUGGAUUGAAUGAGCGGCACAAGAUUUUUAUGUUUUAAGGCUCUUCAGGGAGAAAGCUUAGAACUUGAAAAUGUCCUGUCUGACCUUAAAAUGUGUCGUCUUUUCUACUGAUGUGUCCUUUUUGUCAAAAGUCGUCAGACUCUAAAUAUUGCAGUUGUCAUAAGCAGAGCUGAAUUUUUGCAAAGUCAGAAGAUUGAGGAAAAAAAUCACCCGUUUGAUGUCUGUUGGUUAAAAAAAUUAGGAAACCAGUUGGAUUUCUGGUUUUUCAAAUGUCUGAAUUGUUCUGAAGGCGUCUAAAAUUGAACGUAACGGCUUUGGAAACUGGGCUGAAAUCACUUUUUUCCAAAUUCAAAUGUGCCUCUUUCAAGUCUCCUCAAGCCACCGCUGUCAGUACACUGUAAGAACAGACCAGUGCUCAAAGAUAGAUGUGUUAUUUGGUACAUUAUUAUAAUAGUAAAUCACAACUGUACUAGUUUCUUCUCUGAGACAGCUGUGCUGUCUUAUUGUUAAUGUAAAGAAAUAAAUCAGUGAGCUGUGUGCAUAGUUAAGUUGUGUUGAAAGAGACAAUGAAUCACAUAUUUGGUUAGUUGUAAAUGCUGCAGAUAUUACAACAUUUCCCACUGAACAUUACUCAUUUUAAAUAAUGUCAUUGUGUUGUGAAUGUAUCUAAUGCAAAAACUCUGUACAUGCCCCUCUAAAAGACAGGCAUGUUGAAAUGUAAUGAUUCACUAUAUAUAGACUAUUUCUGAGGUCACACAGGUACCAUGCUGAUACUGUGUUAAGACAUAAAAGUAUGUGUAUUGUUAUAUAGAUUUAUAUUUAAUGUCAGUGGGUGGUGUGACUUACUUUUAAAAAUAUCUUUCACUCUCAGAAAAGGUUGAGCUGAAUUGUACUUUUUGAAGUACAAAUGUUCACUGUACAGGUACAUUACAGUACCAUUUCUUGCUAGUCAGUUUUUGUACCCCAACCUUCGAAAGUACCCAAAGUGCCCAAAAUGCACCUGUAAACAAUGAUAUAAUCAUUGGGCAAAAUUGAGAAAAUCAGUGUGCUACCCUUUUUUUUCCUAUUUUUUCACAUGAUGUGGAUUGACCAGUUCUCCCCUGUGCUGCAGUCCUUGUUUCUGCUAACUCCCACUCUUGGUCUAGGGAGACUGAAUACAAAAGCAACUGCCAAUUGGGGCAAGUUGGAACCAGCACUUCACGCUGAAUUGGUAUAAAUAUGUCUCUUAAAGGAACAGUACACUUAUUUGCUGUCUAUGUUAGUUAGAUGAGAAGAUCAAUACUGCUCUCUGGUUUGUGUGUGUGUGUGUGUGUGUGUGUGUGUGUGUGUGUGUGUGUGUGUGUGUGUGUGUGU